GCCCGCAGCGCACACGGCCCCGGGAGGAGGCAGACGACGGUCCGGCACCCCGGCUGCGCCGCGCACCUCGCCGCCCCCCAUCCUUUCUUCUCCGCCCGUCAGCCGCUCCCCCGCCGUCCCCGCGCCUCCCCCGUGACACAGGCCCGAGAAAGUUUGUGCGGGCGAGUGCGGGCCGGGCGUGGAGGGCGCGCCCAGGAGCGCAGCGAGACCGCGCGCCCCAGUCCGCCCAGAAGGAAGCGCCCCGAACCCCGGCGGCGGCGGCCGAGCCCCUCGCCCGCGCCCCCGGCCCGCGCCCCCGCCCGCCAUGGGCGCCGCGGCCCGCAGCCUGCCGCUCGCGCUCGGCCUCCUGCUGGUGGGGACGGUGCUCCGCCGGGCCGACGCCUGCAGCUGCUCCCCGGUGCACCCGCAACAGGCGUUUUGCAAUGCAGAUGUAGUGAUCAGGGCCAAGGUGGUGAGCGAGAAGGAGGUGGGCUCCGGCGACGACGUCUACGGCAACCCCAUCAAGAGGAUCCAGUACGAGAUCAAGCAGAUCAAGAUGUUCAAGGGACCUGACAGGGACAUCGAGUUCAUCUACACGGCCCCCUCCUCCGCCAUCUGCGGGGUCUCGCUGGACGUCGGAGGCAAGAAGGAGUAUCUCAUUGCAGGAAAGGCCGAUGGGAACGGCAAGAUGCACAUCACCCUCUGUGACUUCAUCGUGCCCUGGGACACCCUGAGCACCACCCAGAAGAAGAGCCUGAACCACAGGUACCAGAUGGGCUGUGAGUGCAAGAUCACGCGCUGCCCCAUGAUCCCCUGCUACAUCUCCUCCGUGGACGAGUGCCUGUGGAUGGACUGGGUGACGGAGAAGAGCAUCAACGGGCACCAGGCCAAGUUCUUCGCCUGCAUCAAGAGGAACGACGGCUCCUGCGCCUGGUACCGCGGGACGGCGCCCCCCAAGCAGGAGUUCCUCGACAUCCAGGACCCGUAGAGGCCGCGUCUCCUCCGCCCGCUGGGACGCCUCCGAGAGCGCAGACUGGUCCAGCUCCGCCAUCCCUUCCUGGAAUAGCAUGAAUAAAACCGUCAUCCAAG